AUGGAUUUGUUCCUUACAACUUAUUUGACAUAUGAUUUGUCGAUAAUCUCUUAUGAUAAUGAUCAUACCCUUGUACGCCCGUCAUCUAAUUUAUCAACUACUCUUGAAAUAAAUGGGAGAUUGAGAAAACUUCCGAUGACUGGAACCCUUCUUAGGAAUUGUACUGUAGCAGGUAUGAAUCCACCAAACAAGAGAACGAAACCAUAUGUUUCUAUAAUCAUUCCUAUCAAUGGGUAUCCAAUGAGGACUACAGAGAUCCCAGCAAAAAAUGCAAUGGUUGCUUUAACCUUAUGUUUUUGA